CCAUUUCAGAUUUGAAUUACCAAAAAAAAUGGGACUUUCGUUCGGGAAAUUGUUCAGCAAAUUGUUCGCGAAGAAAGAGAUGAGGAUUCUAAUGGUGGGUCUGGACGCAGCUGGUAAAACCACCAUUUUGUACAAGCUUAAGUUAGGGGAGAUUGUCACCACCAUUCCCACCAUUGGAUUUAAUGUGGAAACUGUGGAAUACAAGAACAUUAGCUUUACAGUCUGGGAUGUUGGGGGUCAGGACAAGAUUCGACCUUUAUGGAGACAUUAUUUUCAAAACACACAAGGUCUUAUCUUUGUGGUCGAUAGUAAUGACCGUGAUCGUGCGGUUGAGGCUAGAGAUGAGUUACAUAGGAUGUUGAAUGAGGAUGAACUAAGGGAUGCUGUUCUGCUUGUGUUUGCUAACAAGCAAGACCUACCCAAUGCCAUGAAUGCUGCUGAAAUUACUGAUAAGCUUGGCCUUCAUUCUCUUAGACAACGCCACUGGUACAUUCAGAGCACAUGUGCCACUUCUGGGGAAGGGUUGUAUGAGGGCCUUGACUGGCUUUCUAACAACAUUGCUAGCAAGGCUUAGAUCACUCACUUUGGGAGAGUCAUAGAGAGGGAGAGUGCCUGGUUGGUUAUACAGGUUUUCAUGCCCCAGCAGUUAUUGUUUUUCCUUUUGUUUACUCAAAUGAUAUUCAAAGUUGUCAUGUGACUUUGAAAUUCUUCAUUCUAUUCCAUUCCAUGUGUUCCUUGACUAUUAUUACUAUUAUGGUUUGAUUUGAUAUUUCAUCAUAGAAUAUGAACAUGUAUUUCCAACAUAUGACUAUUAGCCAUUGAAAAAUCUAAAUUCCAGUCA